UUGGUGGGGGCAUGCGCGGUUGGGAAGGCGGUGCGGCCGCCCGUUGCCCCCUGAGAAGCUUGCUCGCGUCGACGGGCGCCUGGACGCCUGGAUUUGAGGCUGGGAGCGCGGGAAGACGCGGCUCGGAGUGUGACCCGAUCGUUGCGAACAACGCUGCCCCGGGGCACAGCGGGAGGAGGGUGGAAACUGAGGCGAGGGUGGGGGACGGGCAAGGCGGCGCUCGGGCUGGUGCGUGGAGCAUUCUGGGAGACAUAGUCCGGCCGGGGAGGGCAGGUCGGCGAGUGCGCAUGCUCAGGAGUGCGGAGCGGCCCGCUGAGCGCGGAGGUCCUUGGUACGGGACUGCCUCUGUGCCUCCGUUUCCUCAUCCUCCUUCCGCUUGGCGGGUCUCGGGAUUCAACAGCGCAGCAUCCAGCAGGCUCUCAACGAGCAUUCGUCACCGCUGUCCUCAUCGCAGCCGCCUCACCCCAUUCCUCCCCCAGGGGGAGCACUGGCCUCAGAGCCCCAGCCUGCUCUUUCCAAUGAGGCCCAGGGCUCUGGGCUCCCCGGGCCACGCACCCCCAGAAGAUGAGGGGCCCAUCACGGUGAAGCUGGAGGAGUCUGAGGAGGAGGGUGAAGCCGCCCCAUGGGAUCCCGGCCCAGAGGCUGCACGACAGCGUUUCCGGCACUUCCACUAUGAGGAGGCAGUGGGUCCCCGCGAGGCGCUGGCCCGGCUCCGGGAGCUGUGCCGCCAGUGGCUGCGGCCCGAGGUGCACUCCAAGGAGCAGAUGCUGGAGCUGCUGGUGCUGGAGCAGUUCCUGGGCGCGCUGCCCGCCGAGAUCCAGGCCCGCGUGCGGGGACAGCAGCCAGGCAGCCCUGAGGAGGCCGCUGCCCUGGUCGAGGGCCUGCGCCGGGAGCCAGGAGGGCCCCGGAGAUGGGUCACAGUCCAGGUGCAAGGCCAGGAGGUGCUAUCGGAGAAGACGGAGCCCUCCGACUUCCAGCCCCUCCCUCAAGUCACACCUCGGGCUCCAGAACCUGGGCUUGAGAUGCCCCACGGGGCCACACAGGAGUCGUCGCUGGGCCUACGGGUGAAAGAGGAGCCUGGGGUUACAGAGGACCCAGGUGAGGAGCUUCUGGACUCUGGGCCUCUAACCAACCCCCAGGAGGCCACUUCCACUGUCCUACCUGAGGAGGCCCAGGGCUGUGGCGUGGCGCUGGACCAGGCCUCUCCCCAUAGUGAGGCUGGGCCUGAGGGGUCCUCAUGGACGGAGCACCCUGAGGCCCUGUGGCAGGAGGAAGCUGGGAGCAUCUUCUCCCCAGGGUUUACGCUCCAGAUGGACAGCAUCUCUGCUGGCCCAGACACUGUGAGCCCCCACGUCCACCUCCCCUGGGACCUCGGCGUGGCCAGCCUCACGGGCCGACUCGAGUCACCCUCCCUCGAAGGUGGCUUCUCACACGCGCUGGUGCUCUCCAGCGACCCGGGAGGUGAGCAGGACCCCAUGUACGAUCCCCGCCAGGGCGUGGGCCCCGGGCUGGCCGCCGCUCGCUGGCGUGCCCCCAGGGGCCGGAGCCGGGGUCGAGGUCGCCCCAGCACAGGCGCCGGAGCCGUGCGAGGUGGCCGCUGCGACGUGUGCGGGAAGGUGUUCAGCCAACGCAGCAACCUGCUGAGGCACCAGAAGAUACACACGGGAGAGCGGCCGUUCGUGUGCGGCGAAUGCGGCCGCAGCUUCAGCCGCAGCUCGCACCUGCUGCGCCACCAGCUCACGCACACCGAGGAGCGGCCGUUCGUGUGCGGCGACUGCGGCCAAGGCUUCGUACGCAGCGCGCGCCUGGAGGAGCACCGGCGCGUGCACACGGGCGAGCAGCCCUUCCGCUGCGCCGAGUGCGGCCAGAGCUUCCGGCAGCGCUCCAACCUGCUGCAGCACCAGCGCAUCCACGGCGACCCCCCGGGCCCCGGCGCGGCACCCCCCGCGCCUCCUGGCGCGCCGGAGCCCCCAGGCCCCUUCCCGUGCAGCGAGUGCCGCGAGAGCUUCGCGCGGCGCGCCGUGCUGCUGGAGCACCAGGCGGUGCACACGGGCGACAAGUCUUUCGGCUGCGUGGAGUGCGGCGAGCGCUUCGGCCGCCGUUCGGUGCUGCUGCAGCACCGGCGCGUGCACAGCGGCGAGCGGCCCUUCGCCUGCGCUGAGUGCGGCCAGAGCUUCCGGCAGCGCUCCAACCUCACGCAGCACCGGCGCAUCCACACGGGCGAGCGGCCCUUCGCCUGCGCGGAGUGCGGCAAGGCCUUCCGCCAGCGGCCCACGCUCACGCAGCACCUGCGCGUGCACACGGGGGAAAAGCCCUUCGCCUGCCCUGAGUGCGGCCAGCGCUUCAGCCAGCGUCUGAAGCUCACUCGCCAUCAGCGGACGCACACCGGCGAGAAGCCCUACCACUGCAGCGAGUGUGGCCUGGGCUUCACGCAAGUCUCGCGGCUCACCGAGCACCAGCGCAUCCACACAGGCGAGCGGCCCUUCGCCUGCCCGGACUGCGGCCAGAGCUUCCGGCAGCACGCCAACCUCACGCAGCACCGGCGCAUCCACACGGGCGAGCGGCCGUACGCAUGCCCCGAGUGCGGCAAAGCCUUCCGCCAGCGGCCCACGCUCACGCAGCACCUGCGCACCCACCGGCGCGAGAAGCCCUUCGCCUGCCAGGACUGCGGCCGCUGCUUCCACCAGAGCACCAAGCUCAUCCAGCAUCAGCGCGUCCACAGUGCAGAGUAGCCAGCGCGCGCUGCACCCCCUCUCCGCCCUCACCUCGGUCCUCCGUGCGGGGCGGGGGGGCG